AGCAGAAAACCCAACUAGCAGAUUUCCGCCUGCGAAACUGCACGCAAGACAUGCGCGAGCAGGAAAAAAAACUGCCAGUUGCAAAUGUCACACGACUCUUUCUUCGACCGGAUUUCCCAUCAGCCCAGCUCCAUUCCCUCUCGUCUUGCCCUAUCAAACCUCGGGCUACCGCCGCAGCCGCCCUAUCACGGCGUACCCCGUCCCCAAGACCGUCCCAAAGCCGUCCCCGAAGCCAUCUCCUCCACGCUACACCUUAUUACCCAUACCUACCUAAUUUCACGUCCCCUACCUCCACCUCCAAGUCACUUCACCUCCCGUCCCGGCUGUCACAAGGCCGCGCAAUAACUGAUACCCGAUACCGUAUGUUGUUGUCGUGUGCCCGCUUGAACGCGAGUGCCACCCCCUGCCACCAUUCAUCUCCCGACUACCCAUCUUUCGCAUCAUGCCGCGGGGGAUCCGACCUCCGCUGCAUCCCUGUCGACCUUCAAUCUGGAUCCUAUAGACGCUUUCGUCCGUCACCAAACUCCGAGCCCUCCGGAACCACGUAGCCCGCCGGCGUCCGCGAGCACCAGCACCAGCCAGGGUUCCAAUCUCCUUCAUCAACACCACCGGCGCCGCCAGAGCCAACCCAAUCACGGCCCCAAUCACGUCCCCCUGGGCACCGCUCUCCCAAGCUCCAAGCAUAGCCACGGCGAGUCGAGCCUGCGCCACCAACCCCAAAGCCACGGCAGCGACGAAUCGGACGGCGACAACGACAACCACGACG